AUGCCAGGCACUCUUUCGGACGUGUCGCACGAGGCGUCGAAGCUCCUACCAGCUGUCAAGCUCACCAGACCUCCCUUGUCGUUGUUCAAGUUCCCUCCGUCGCCCCAGCCAACUGCACUACCACCUCCGCCAGACCACCCCAACCUCGCCCAUCCUGUGACCAUCCCGACAGACUGGUACAAUGCGCUUCUCCACCCAUACGUUCCCAUAACCAUCGCUCUGGUUUACGCCACCACCGCCACAUAUAUCAAUUCUGUCAACGCCCGCAGAAAUCACAAGCCAUGGGCUAUCAGCAAAACCCGCUUCUUCAAGGCGUUUGUCAUACUUCACAACCUCAUCUUGGCCGUCUAUUCGGCAUGGACUUUCCUCGGUAUGCUUAAUGCGCUCAGCUUGUCCAUUCCGAACUGGAGAAAUGAACAAGGCGCGGCCGGCAUCGUUGACUCCCUCUGCAAGAUCCAGGGUCCUCGAGGCUUGGGAAGUGCUGCUACCUUCACCGAAGAGAGCAGGGCUUGGACCAUGACAAAUCGCUUCUUUCAUCUAGCCGCGGAUGGCUUGGGACCUGAGAGAUCCGACGUUGGACGGCUCUGGAACGAGGGCCUGGCUUUCUACGGCUGGCUGUUCUACCUCUCCAAAUUCUACGAAGUCAUCGACACGGCAAUCAUUCUCGCCAAGGGACGCAAAAGCAGUCUCUUGCAGACAUAUCACCACGCCGGUGCCAUGCUCUGCAUGUGGGCUGGUAUUCGCUACAUGUCGCCGCCCAUAUGGAUGUUCGUCUUUGUCAAUUCAGGCAUCCAUGCUCUGAUGUACACGUUUUACCUCUGCUCUACGCUCAAAGUUCACAUUCCUAAGCGACUGAAGAAACUUCUGACAACGAUCCAAAUCACACAGUUCGUGGUUGGUGCAACAUAUGCGUUUCUGCACCUGUUUGUCGUCUAUCAGAUCCCAAUCAGUGUGCCAUAUCUCUACCACGUGAGUCCUAAAGUGGCCUCAAUGGCAGCUUCCGACGCUUCGUCUAUCGCCUCAAGCGCCGUUGCGUCUGUUACCGGAGAUACGGGCGCAUUCCUCAAGAAGCUCGCCCUACGCGCGGCCGGAUUCGAGGGCAUGGCUGAGAACGUGGGUCUUACCGCACCAGCUGCUUCUGCAGGCGCCCAGGCUGCAGUUCCCCGCGAGUACUUUGCACAGGCCGAAGAACGCUACAAAGACGAGUUGCAAUGGGUCAACUGCCUCGACACCAGCGGCCAAGUCUUUGCCAUUCUGCUCAACGUUGUUUACCUUGCGCCGUUGACAUGGCUGUUCGUCGACUUCUUCAUCAAGGCGUAUCUUUCGCAAUUGGAAAAGAGACGACGCAGUAGUGCAUCUGACCGAGCCCGUAUCGCAGGCAUGAGCUUCAGCGACGCGUCGAAAGGGGUCGCUCGUCGAGUCACUCAAGCCUUAGAUGAGAUGCACCCGACCGCCGAUUCCAGCGAGAACGAGAGCCCGAUUGUGGAGUCUUCAGAGAGCGUCGGUUCAUUGAAAAAGAAGGCUGCUCAAGCUGCGGAGAACACUUCUGGCAAUCUUCGUGGAAUGGCUACUCAAGCUACUCAGAAUGUCAAGGAUACAGCAAAUGCGGUCGGUAAGGCGGGUUCAAACAUCCAGAAAACCGCUCAGGACAAGGCUGCACCCGCGGUCGAAGCUACUGUGGAGAAGGUCAAAGAGGUCGGGCAGAAGAUUCAAGAGCAAGUUCCCGAAGCCAAAGCAGGAAAAGCGAAAGCCCAGCAAGCCGUGAAAAAUGCCAACGAGAACGUCCCGUCUGCCGACCAAGUCAAGGCUGAGGUUGAGGCAGCCCCGAAAAAGGUUGAAGACAAGGUCGCCAACACUCAGCAAGCUGCCAAAGAGAAGGCUAAGGACGUCUCUCAACAGGCUGACGAGAAGGAGUCCGAUGCCAAGGAAGCCACCAAGGGCGCUGUGGACUCAGCCAAGGCUGAUUCAUUUGAAGCACAGUCCUCAUCGUCCCCAGUCACGGAUGAUAAGAGCUUUGCCGAGGCCGUCAAGGAAGAACCCGAGUCCAAGUCUGCCCAGAAGGAGUCCCCAAACGGAGAUGGCACAGGCGCCGACGCGGCGUCUGGGAGUCAGACAGAAGAGAGCGAACAGAAGGAAGAGGCGAAGAAGGAAGAGGAGAAGAUCAUCGACGAGAGCCAGCCCGUCAGAGAUGAAGACAAGGAACCUGAAUCUGGCACGGAGACAGGCAAAGGUAAUGGCCAGAGCCACAUCCCAAGACCGAAGAAGAACAGAAAGAAGGCAUAG